CCAGCAGCCCUGAAAAUGUCAGGACCAUCAUGGAAACCCUUAAACCAUCAUGGCUUCUCACUUUGUAACACAGAGUCCCUAAUUCCCAUCUUUGUUGAGGUACGCUAAUCGGAAUGGCUUCGCAUGGGAGGAAGCAGAGGGAAGAGAGCUGCGGACUGUGGCCACCUAUUCCUCCCCCUCCUCUGUCGCCGUUCCUGGGAGUCGGAGAAGGCCUGGUGCAGGGAAGAGUCUUGUGCCAGGUCCAUCAUUCCCCAUAAUUCUUUGGGGGAAGCCAUUACCGUUUAUAGUAGUAUGACACUGCCUUUAAAUGCAUAGUGCAGAUGGGGUCCAACUCCAGUUCAAUGCAGUUUUAUUAUCUAUAUUUGUACAGGGCUGGCAUCCGCACCUGACAUCCUUGGGCAGCUGGCAGAGCCUCAGUGCCUUGGCAGGGCUUACUGCAGCUGCCUGCCUUAGGGCAGCCUUUAGUGUGUAUAUAUGUAUGUAUAUAUAUAUAUAUAUAUAUAUAUAUAUAUAUAUAUAUAUAUUUUUCCUGGCCUAGCAUCCAGAGCAGCACAGGGAGCCUGAGCCUAGCUGACAUUUUAAUGUCAUUUGUGUCAUUUAAAUCAGCACCCAAUGGGCUUCAUUAUAAUUUUUAUGUGCUCCCCACUUAUUUCGAGACAUGAAAACAUUUCAGGUGCUGUGCAGCAGGGUUUCGUUCCCUUUGGAAGGUGGAUGAUGUGCUUGUGAUUCUCAGCCAUUGGUAUUCAGAGGCAUGCUGUCUCUGACUGGAAAUUUACCACAGACAUUAUGGCUCGUGGCUACGGAGAGCCUCAUCCUCCAUGAAGUGUUCUAAUCCAUCGAAGCUGAUGUCUCUCCAGGGUUUAAGAACAUAACGUUAUGAGUCAGAGGGGGUGUCAAGUGUAAUGGGCUUGGGGGGCAGUCCAGUCCAGAUGAUUUCCUUGGAUCCCCUCCAGGCCUAUGAUCCUGUAUCUAAUAAGGGAUAUAAUCUAGUAGGAGAGGUUGUGGAACCUGUUAAACAAGGCACUGGGCUUUGGCUGACUAGUUAAGUACCACGAUUUAGCAUAUACAAAGAAGUCUUGGGGUGCCACUCACUGAAGCAAAUGGGUGGGCCUUUCCCUCAUCCCACUCACCUAGCUGGUAUGUAGGAGGAACAACAGCCAGUUAUAAGGUUAAAAGCAGGUGAGAAACUGCGGAGAGACAGGUUUUUGCUCUGUGUUGGAUCUAGACUUGUUACUAAUGGAAACGCUAGCUCUUUGGGGGUGUUAAUGCUGCAAGACCCUCUUAUCCUAUGCUCAGGUUGUAAAUAAAACCAUACAUUCUAAAAACACUACAGUUUCUGCUGACCUUCCUUCCAAGGAAACAGAACACUGUGUAAGUGCUGAAACCCCUGGGGUCUCUCACGGCUUAAAGAGGGGAGUGUCUGGCCCUGUUGGAUCAGACCAGUAGUAGGCCAUGUCAUCUAGCAUCCUGUUCUCACAGUGGCUAAUCUCAUGCCAAUGGGAAGUGCAAACGCAGGACGUAAACACAACAGAGUCUCCUCCCAGCAACUAGCAUUCAGAGGCAUACUGCCACGGACAGUUUCUGACUGGAACCAUAGCAUGAGCAAAAUACCGAUAGGAGAUAUCAUAGCCAUCGCUAAAUAUCUCAAGAGAUGUUGCAUGAAAGAGGGAAUAGGGAACAAGCUUGUUUUCUCCUGCUCUGGAGGAUAGGACUCGAACCAAGAAAGGAAAUUCCGACUAAACAGGAAAAGCUUUCUGACACUAAGAGCUGUUCAACAGUGGAACAGACUUCCUCGGGAAUUUAUAUUUUUUAUAUAUAUAUAUAUAUAUAUAUAUAUAUAUAUAUAUAUAUAUCUCCAGGCACUCCAGUCUUCCACUGCCUCCCGCAGUUUGGUCAAACUCAUGCUGGUAGCUUCCAGAACACUGUCCAACCAUCUCGUCCUCUGCCAUCCCCUUCUCCUUGUGCCCUUCAUCUUUCCCAGCAUCAGGGUCUUUUCCAGGGAGUCUUCUCUCCUCAUGAGGUCGCCAAAGUAUUGGAGCCUCAGCUUCACGAUCUGUCCUUCCAGUGAGCACUCAGGGCUGAUUUCCUUAAGAAUGGAUCGGUUUGACCUUUUUGCAGUCCAUGGGACUCUCAAGAGUCUCCUCCAGCACCAUAAUUCAAAAGCAUCAAUUCUUCGGCGAUCAGCCUUCUUUAUGGUCCAGCUCUCACUUCCAUCAUCACUACUGGGACAACCAGUAUGCAUGCACUGUUCUAGAAGCAGAAAACUCUGACAAACUGGAGCAUGAAAACAAUAGCUGGGUCAGGGAGAAAAGGUUAAUGGAAGCCACUUACACUUCACGCAUAAACACCCACACAAUGUAGGCUUCUGUGGUACGCGGAUUUGAACAAUGAAAGAAAAAGCAAAGCCUUGUUUUAUUUAAGGGCGGCACCCAAUUGAGAAACCACAAUUAAUUUAAUUAAUUAAUUAAUUAAUUAAUUAAUUAAUAUCUGCACAAGUUUUCCUAUGGCUAAAACAAACAGCUGUCCAAUCCCCACCGCGUGUUCUGAAGAAAAAUGUUCUUCAGAGAGGGCUUGCACAAUAUCACAGCAAGCACGUAGAAUCAUUGAACUGUAGAGUUGGAAGGGACCCAAGGGUCAUCUAGUCCAACCCCCUGCAACGCAGGAAUCUCAGUUAAAGCAUCCAUGACAGAUGGUCACCCAACCUCUGUUUAAAAACAUCCAAAGAAAGAUUCCACAACCUCCCAAGGGAGUCCAUUCCACUAUCGGAACAGCUCUCACUGUCAGAAAGAUCUUCCUGUUGUUUAGUCAGAAUUUCCUUUCUUGUAACUUGAAGCCAUUGGUUAGAGUCCUAGCCUCCAGAGCAGGAGAAAACAAGCUUGUUCCCUCUUCCAUGUAACAGCCCUUGAGAUAUCUGAAGAUGUCUAUCAUAUCUCCUCUUAGUCUCAUCUUUUUCGGGCUAAACAUACCCAGCUCCUUCAACUGUUCCUCAUACGGGUUGGUUUCUAUCUCAAAAGAGGAUUUCCUUUCUGUGUUUUCGAGAAGAAAAGUCUCUUCUAAAAUGGUAUUAGUACCUGCUGUCACUGGUGGAUCUUUAACUGUUUACAUUUGAAAUAAUACUUUAAAAAACUGGUUUAAAAAUUUAAACCAUUUAAAAACCAUUUUAAAAUGGUUAAAAAAUUUAAAAAUACUUUAAAAUACUUUUUAAAACUGUCACCCGUGGAUCUUUAACUGUUUACAUUUGAAAUAAUACUUUAAAAAACCUAGCUGUCUAAUUAAUUGGAUAUAUUUUUUAAAUUGAUAAAAAAUAGUUGCUUAAUCUAAUUUCUGUCAAUUCAAAGUUUAGUUGACUAAACACCAAAAUUCCUUCCUUCCUUCCUUCCUUCCUUUGUAUCAAAGUUACAGUAGUGUGUGGAUUAUUUUUCUAGUCGCAUUUUUCAAAAACCACUAAUCUUUAAGAACUGGAUGCUGGGGAACAAAGGUCAGCUAAGCUCUUAGCCUGGAAUGUCUCCAGUUUAAAAUAAUCUGCUGCUGCAUGUAUUUCCCUGGACAGGAACAGCUGUGCCAGAAUUGUUUUAGCCUUUAUGCACCCCACUAGAUUUGCACAUUGUCCAGAAGAAAAAUAAAUAAAAGGAAUAGGCAAAGACCAGCUUACACAAGCAAGAAAAUUUAUGGGGCUGGAAUGCAACCUCACACACCUCUUAUUUUGCGCAAAAGUUAUGGACUCUCAGUUACUUAUUGUGAUCCACAUUGGGAUUUGAUCCUUUUGGAAGAACCUGGCAGCUGAUCUCCCAUAGUAGCAGAUUGCUGUGCUCUUUAAAUUCAUCUCCAACAUCCUAUUCCUGUAGUCUGCUUUGAUCCUUAAUUCUCAUUGUAAAUGUGCCACCAUGGUGCUUUUUUAGAGUUUUCCAAGGUCUGAAAUACCCCAGAUUUAGAGUUGGCACACACACACAAAAAUACAUUUUUCAAAACCUGUCUAAAAUAUGUACUCUAAAAAUACCUCUGAACUUUUAUUUGAGCAUAAAUAUCAAUUUUCCGGCCUGUAAACUCCAGCGGUGGUUUGAAAAUAUACCAACCACCUAUGUUUUGUGUGUAGUGCAAAGUGGUUUGUGUUCUAUCAGGGGACUAAACUGGAUGCUUAUUUUUUGGGCCACUUUCCCACCUCCUGAGUUUCUUUCUUUGUCUGCUUGCUGAAUUUUAACAAGGCUGGAUAUUUUUCUCAUUUUAAUUAAGGUACCAUGGCUGUCUGGGUCUAGUUAAAGUAGCACUGCCUGGGGCUGAUGGGAGUUGUAGUCCUAAACAUCUGGAGGGCACCAGGUUGGGAAAGGCUGACCUACAGCUACAGUACACAUGUACACUAAAGGGACUGGAUGGGGGUUUGAUUUCUGCUCCAUUCUUGGAAACCACCAUGCAAUACUUGGUACAAUGCAAGGCGCAAAGGCAACUGGUUCCAUUUUGUUGCAUUCCAUUGAACAAGUCUGUUUCUUGUUCCAGACAGAACAUGAAAUGUUGAACUGCUAGUCAUUCAGUCAAAUAGGGAUUCUGAGAUGGUGUCUUAAUUUUUUGGUGUGGCCAUGUGUUUUAGUUUAUAGAGAAAAGUCCUCUGUUUAAAGGUGUUCUUUAUUUGAACAGCUGUCCAAGUCCUGUUUACAGAUAAAGAACCCUAAGAAGAGAAAGCAGAUUAUCCAUCUCCCAUUAGCAUUUAAAUCACGGGUGUCAAACACAAGGACCGCGGGCUGGAUCCGGCCCGCCAGACCUCGUCAUGUGGCCCGUGUAGCCACCGCCAGCCUUCACCUUUUAUUCUUGCCUUUUUUUUUUUUGACACAAGAAAGCCGCCUCUUCAGCGCAUGCGCGGCAGCCUACAAGCCAGAGAACGUCUGCCCUCUAGCGGCGCCGGCCGUUCUACACAGGAAACCUCCACUUUACAUGCAUUCAGGAAACCUCCACUUGUUUUUAUAUUGAGCGCAUGCCAUCCUGUGAUGUGACAGAUCCAACGGCUGCCUGAACCCUUCUCUCCUGUACUGUAAGUCCUACAGAUACAACCGGCCCUUUGAGGGUGACCAAACUGCUGAUGCGGCCCCCGAUGAAUUUGAGUUUGACACCCCUGAUUUAAAUAAAUAAAUAAAUAAAUAAAUACUCACCCCCAAGCCACUCUGGGCGGCUUCCAACAGGAUAUUAAAAACACAAUAAAACACCAAACAUUCAAAACUUCCCUAAACAGAGCUGCCUUCAGAUGUCUUCUAAAAGUCAGAUAGUUGUUUAUUUCCUUGACAUCUGGUGGGAGGGCAUUCCACAGGGCGGGCGCCACUUCCGAGAAGGCCCUCUGCCUGGUUCCCUGUAACCUCACUUCUCACAGGGAGGGAACUGCCAGAAGGCCCUCAGCGCUGGACCUCAGUGUCCAGGCUGAAUGAUGGGGGUGGAGACGCUCCUUCAGGUAUACUGGGCUGAGGCAUUUGGACAACAGACAGAACAGAUGUACAAGCCACCUAGUCACAGUGGGUAGUAUUUAACUAAAUGAUUCCACUAGUGCAAGUAGUUUUUGCUGCACUGUGGAACAUUCCCACUUUCCUUUCCCAGUGUGCCUCCUGCACACUCCACAAAUCUGCUCCAGAGGGUUUAGGGGAAAUGCCACAACAGAAUUAGGGAGUGCUGGCUUCCACCGCUAGGCCAAUUGGCAGACCAACUCAGCUUUACAAAGAUGUCUGCAAAUGUGACAUGAAGGCUGGCAACAUCCACCCUGUCCUGUGGGAAAACCUUGCAGACAACUGCAGUGCCUGGAGAAAGGCAGUCAGGAUGUGCAUCCACAGCAAGGACCAGAGGAGGAAUGACCGCUGGGAGGAGUGCAGACAGAAGAAACGCCAUGGUGCAUCUGCAGCGGCACAACCGGACACCUUCAUCUGCCCCAGAUGCAACAAAACAUGUCUCUGCCAUAUCAGUCUCUACAGCCGCUGCAACUGUCCAACAGCUUAAACUCAGCACCAAAGGCGCAUUCCUCCAUUGUCUCCCGAGACAGACUGAUGCCGACACAACAGGAAGAAGAGAGGGCAGUUAAAACUCCUUGUGUUGGCAGUAGUUUAGUUGGCUACCACCCAAUAUUCCACAGUAUGGUGCAAUGUCUUAUAGCUGUAUUGUUAGAAUAGUUGGGUGCCUCUCCCUCUCUCUGCCAAGCAAUAGUAAGAGUCCAUGGGGUUCCAGGCACUCACCCAGGGUCUGUGUUCCUUUGGAGGAUUGAGUCACAGCAGAGACUGUUGUAGCUUUAAGAAAUAUGGUUUAUUCACCUAUUUAUACCUUCAGUCUGCAUGGAGGAAUACAGCAUGGUCAUUUCAAGAGGGGCUUGUCCCCCACAGCAGUGCAGUCAGCCUUCAGCCAGCCUGCCCAAGAUGGAUCUAAGUCGUUGUCUUCUUCUUCUUCUUCUUCUUCUUCUUCUUCUUCUUCUUCUUCUUCCCUUGCUAAAAGACUCCCUUUCCCUGUCACCUCUCACCCAGUUACCCUGGCACCAUCUGUCUCCCCAGGUCAAAGGAUUCCUCUCAAAUGGCCCAUCAACCCCUUUUGUCAUGUUAACAGAUUUGCUCUUCACUAAGCCAGCCAGACUGGUUUGUAAAACCAGCCCAGGGAUUCUCUGCAGUUUGUACUUUCAUCCAUAUCCCAACUAAUCAAAAUCCUACCAUUUAUUAAUUUCUAGGGUUUAGGUGGGUUCUCCCCAAAAUCUAUAACAGUAUUUAUAUUACACUUUUUCUAAAUUUGCAUUUGGAAGUUUUUGUUUGCAUGUGCACACUUUAAGUCAAUCUGUGGCCUCUUUUGUUCUUUUUGGAGACGUGCAUUUCUUCAUUACUUUUCUCUCUCUCUGUGUCCGUGUGGCCUCUCUCUAUGCAGACUGUCAGGAGCUCGUCCUAUACUUGAGUAGGAUCCUGGUAGAGUCACAUGCCCGACUGGCAUGUUCUCUGCGUCCUGGUCAUUCUUCCGGGAGCUUCAAUAGCUUUCUUCAGCCUGAACAUCACAGCUACCGAUGCCAACAGACAUCGGCACACUUAGGGAUCCGCAGAGUCUUUGCAGCUUGCAUAACAGACCUCAGCAACUCAGCAUUUUGGCUAAUCUACAUUAUUUACAUAUAAACACACACUGAGCACUGCAACAUGGCUCCCUCUCUCUCUAGCAUCAGACAGCAAAGAGAAUGAACAAAGGACAAUAGUCCAACUUCACGGAACACAGUAACACAAACAUCCUGUCUCCGUCACUUCGCACUCUGUGGAGUCAAAACAUACACUGUCAAGUGAUAGAAAAAAAUCCCAUGACUGCAGACAUGGGGAAUGAAUCUUCAACACAGGCAUCCUCUGUGCUAAGCCAUGCGAGUUUCAGUUAAGCACCAGUGAUGUGCUCUUUUUGUUACUGUUUUUAAAGAUGGCACUGUUGGAAACCAUGGAUGAUUUCUGCUAUGCAGAAAUAAAGCCGAUAUGGGAAAGAUGGUAUGUAUAAUGCACAGGGUGGAUUUGAUUUAAAUCAUGAUUUAAAUCAUUAAUUCAAAUCAUGCUUUAAAUCAAUAGUCAGUAAGACUUGAUUUAAAUCAAAUUUUUUACAGAAACUCAUUCUUGCUGGUAUAAUCUUAAUAUUUGCAUCCAGAUGUAGAUUUCAUUAUUGGAAUAAUAAAUUUUCAGAGUAGUUUUUACCGUUAUAUCAAAAUUUACUGAUUUGGUUAUACUAUUAGAAAUACAUAGACAGAUAAUUAUGAGAUUAUUGUGAGGUUUAAUAAGUUAACUGUUUAUAUUUGGACAACUUUUCUGCUGUACUUUAUUGGAAGGAGAAAAAUAAUCAUUUCCUUAAUAACCAUUUAAACAAUUUAUUUAACUAAAACAAUAACAUUAUAGCAUAUGUAUCCAUGUUUGUUAACAUUUUUUAAAAAACAAAAAACUUCAAAUUGUCACACAAUAAAAUACAAGAAACAAAAGAAAGAAUAAAUACGAUUAAAAAUCAAUAUGACUAUUCAAUAGGAUGGAGUGCUACUGUGGCAUGUGAUUAAUUUCAUUGUAAGCGGCAGCUUGCGAGGAUGAUUGGGGGGGGGAUGACAUCGUGUGCAUGAUAUCCUGAUGUUAUGCAUGUGAGCAUCAUGCCUCCCUCCCUAAGCUGGGCAGAAGCUUCCUGGGCUUUGGGAAGGAGGCCCAGACUAAUUUGCAGGAACGUUUAAGGGAUCAGUCUAGUCCCCUUAGUCCACUGACCGCAUGCCACCGAUGUGCUACCUCUCAUCUUCACAGACACACUACAGACCACCUGCAGGAAGCUUGCAACUACUGGUGGUCUGCAGACUGAAGAUUCAAAACCCCUGACAUUGUCCAUAUGAUUUGUUCUGGGAAAGGCUGAGAGAGGUAAAUCUUCCAAAAGCUCCUCACUGAUUCCAAACCUGACCCAUGGAGACCUUCACUCUCAACCAGCCUCGUGCCCUGAUGCUUCCUCUAGCUGAUUCCAUCAGAGGGGAAUGGAUGUCCCAUGAUCUCCGUGGAACUUCUAGAUGGGGUAAGCAGUGCCGAACAGCAAGCAUAAUCUUAGAAGAGGGAUGCAUCCCCCUUUCUCUUACAGAGGUAGGGAAGCAUCUGCUAAGAUGACACUUGUCUUUUGCAGCUUGUAACGUGUACUUAUAUUCCAAAGAAGUGGCUCUCCAAUUAAUUGGGGGCACCUUUUUCCUCGAUUGAAACGCUUUGAAAGGUUUAAUCAAACUGAUUCAUCAACCAAACAUUGUAGCCCUAAUUAUAAUGUUCCACAGCUAAGUCUCCGCAUUAAAGACAGAUUCAUUGGUAAGCCCUGGCUCAAACGAUCCACACACUGCAUGUGUGUCUUUUUCUUGCACUGGACAAUUUGAAACAAAUAAAAAAAGCAACCAUAACAACAUCCUAAGACUCCAUCUCCGGCACAGUCAAGGGUAUUUCAGGAUGCCGAUCUGUUUUUCAUAUGCGGAAUUGCACAAAAUAAUUUCUUUGUGGCUUUUCUUCCCAAACUGCCUUCUGAAAAGCAAAGCUAAGACUCUUGUGUUUUGCCUUGCAACAACCCUAAACACAUUGACCUCAAUCAGCAUUAGAAACCCUUGUAAUAAAUGCAAAACGACAAAGAGCAAAAUCUUACCUGUACACUGUCGACUCUCCUUUGACGCUUUACGAAGCACAAGGCUUGCCCCCUUGCAAAUUGCGUGUUUCUUUAUCCGGUGAUGACUCUCUCGAAAGUAUGUGGCUGUUGUCUGGACUUGCUUAAGGUUUGUAUAGGGAAAUGACUGGAAUUCUACUGUUCUUGCAUUUUCAAAGAGCUUCAAAAGGCUUCUCCAAGCCUCCCAACCAGCACAAUAAAUACUGGGAGUAUCUGAAGCGCAUAUUCAUUGUCCUACAGAAUAUAUAAUUAACUUUGGAAAAUUAAACAAUUGCAAUGCAGCUGGAAAGAUGGAGGAGACAAAAACACCAAUUGUUUAAAUCCCUGUAUAUGAGCUUUUCAGGGACAUCUACUUUGCCCACGUUGGAGGCGCUUUGGCCCGAUCCAGAAAUUCCCGACUGUGCAAAUCAAGUUAGAGCUUGAGUUGUACAACACACUGGCCUCUCCCUGGCGAAAAUGCAGCCUUGCCCCAGGGAUUCGACAAUUGUCUGUGCUAUAUUAAUACAGGCAGAGGCAAACUUGGCCCUCCAGAUGUUUUGGGACUCCCAUCAUCCCUAGCUAACAGGACCAGUGGUCAAGGAUGAUGGGAGUUGUAGUCCCAAAACAUCUGGAGGGCGAGUUUGCCUAUGCCUACAUUAGUAUUUCCCAUCCCAGUGACCAGUGGGUGAGAUGCAGGCUUCUAAGUGUACCAGUUAGUAGUCCAGUAUAGUAAGAGAAGCUGGCUGUUUCUAUUCCAAGCAUUCAGUGAGGAAUAAUUAUGCUUUGCUCCCUCACUUUUUUUAUGGAGCAUCUGCUCAAGUUAAUAAGCAAAGCAUCCUACACUCAAUUGGGUGCUUCUCUUUCCAAAUAGCAUUGUCUUCUAUCUGUUUCUUUUCUCUUCCUCCACUUAAAUUGCAGCCAGAAGAGCAAUCAUAAUCAGCAGUGCAGUGAGAAAGUUGGGAGUAUUUAACACUUAAAAUCUCCACACUACUUGGUGUUGGGGAAAGGGGACUGCCUACUUGGCUACAGAGUGUGAGACUUUGGAAGCAGAAUUGCUAUUCAGAACAGCAGUGAUUGUGUACUACCAAAUCUCCCACUUCUAGAAGCACCUGCUAAGUCUUACAAAGUUCUUGCUAAGUCCUUAAGAGGCAACACUGGUAGACUGGGGUUGCAUUGAUGCUCUUUUAGCCCUGACCCCCGAGAUCAUGCGAACUCUUCAGUGUGUAUGCAUGCUCUUGUGUGAUUAAAGUACGCUUCUGCAGAAGGAAGUCUUGCGUAUCUGUGGAGACUCCUUGCACAAUUGAGAACCCUGAUCUUCCAGGGUGCUCAAUCAUUCGGGGAGCUUCAUUCAUCUACAAGUCUUCCUGUUGCAGUUGAAUUAUGCAUGGGGCUGGAAAGAGGGCUUCCAAACUAUCUCUAUUUUCGAGUAGGAUUCAAUUACAUACUGGCAGAUUCAGGUUAUGAAAUUAGCUGAUUGGGAGAUAUUGUGCUAAUUCCUUUUGUAAUAAGGAAUUUUAGGGGGAAAUGCAGUGGAUAGUAUGGGGCAACCCUUGGCCCCCCUCCCCCAAAACAAUUCAGGGUGGAUGCUCAUUAAAUAGUCAAUGAAGUCUAAUUGCCCUGCUCAAUUAACAGGACACCUAGAAGUGUCCUCACUAAACCUGUGUCACCUCUAAGGGUAAUAAUGACUAAGGAGGAAAAUGAUUUUGCUGUUACUGCCCCCAUAGUGCUGCUUGCCAUUUUCGCAGCAGCACCACUACCAAAUCCCUCCAUGCAAGUCAUAAUACUAAUUGUGAAGAGUAGACAACCUUGAAAAUAUGGAAAUUUUCCUGUUCCACCUUGGCUUCUUCCCUCUGGGCUUGCAAGUUAUUAUCCACGUAAGCUUCCCUCCUCCUACGCAGUAACGAUGACUCCCUGGAUCAUUUGGUUGGGACAUCAGUUACAAUGCAGAAUGGGUUGCAACACCUUACAAAGAGCUUCUUCACACCAGCAAAGCAAAGUUUUCCUUAGUGUGAAAGGGUUUCUUUUAUGAACUUGUACCCCUGUCAUUUCAGGAUUCAGCUUGUUUGUCUACAUCCAGCCCAUCCCUGCUUCCAAGCACUGGUCUAACACCUCAACCACCUUUUCCAAUUCAGUUGAAACAGACAGAUAGAGCUGGGUGUCACCUACAUAUUUAUUGCACAUCACUCCAAAACUCUGAUGACUGCUGCUGGAGGCUUCAUAAGGAGCAGGGACACUGUGGGGCACUGCAGGACAACUUUCAUGGUGCUAAACAGUCGCCUUCCAUAACAACUUUCUGGAAAUGCUCCUGCAGGGAGGAGCAGAACCCAUGAAGCAAAUUUUCACCUCUCCGAGAUGCUCCAGGACACUGUGGUCAUCAAAAGCCACUGACAGGUUGAGGAGAAGGAGCAGGGGCACA